CCAGCGGUGUUCCUUGAGUGGUGAUGAUUUGAACAGGCAAUGGCUGAGCCCCAAUUCGGUGUACCAUCCCACCAUUUACCACACCAAGGGCCUGCUUUAUUACCUCAAGAGCCAAGGACGAGUUCCAGUGGUGUUUUGUGAUUACCAUGGCCACUCCCAGAGAAAGAAUGUCUUUCUAUAUGGAUGUAGCAUAAAGGAGACUCUCUGGCAGGCAGGAUGUACAGUAGAUACAUCCAAGGUCACUGAGGAUGUUGGCUAUCGGACUCUGCCAAAGAUCUUGGAUAAACUGGCUCCUGCAUUUCUCAUGAGUAGCUGCAGCUUCUUGGUGGAGAAGUCACGUGAUUCCACAGCCCGAGUGGUGGUCUGGCGGGAAAUAGGAGUGCUGCGGAGUUAUACCAUGGAGAGCACCUAUUCUGGAUGUAGCCAUGGACUCUAUAAGGGACUUCAAUUGGGAACUUCAGAACUGGAAGAGAUGGGCGCCAAGUUCUGUCUUGGACUUCUGGUCCUUCAGCUUAAAUCCCUGCCAUGCAGCAAGAAGGUGAUGGCCCAGGCAGAGACUCUCUUGGAUCUGGAAGAGGAAAUUGCUGAUCUCCGGGCACAAAGAAGCAACAACAGCUGCAGCCUGGAGACCGAUGAUGAACUUCCUUGUGGGGAUGAAGUGGAUUAUAACACUGAUAGCUGCUCUGACCAAGAAGUAGACUUUGGGGACAUGGACAGAGAAAUCCAGGAAUGUCCCUUAAAGGGUUGAAAGUGGGAAAGCAGAAGCAGAGGCCAACAUAGGUGGAUGGAUACCCCUUCCUUCCCCUUUCCCAGCUCUGAAGAAGACUUUUGUCUCUAAGCAGUGAGCAGCCAGACUCAAACCUGUCCCACCACACUACUCUGGGCCUUCAGUGGAAGCAGAGAACAGGGCUGAACACCAAGUUCCCCAGCAAAGAGGAAACAGGUCAUCACUUCAUCUGCUGCUUUGCUAGUGACAGCUAAAGCUUGAGACACAUUGCUCCUGUUGCUCUUCAAUACAGAUUCCCCCCCCCCAAACCUUUUUCCUUUCUUUUUGCUGUUAAUAUUGUAAUGUCAUAGAAGGAGAAGGAGGGAGAGGGUUUUGUUCUAUAUCAGUUAGACCUCUGUGUAAAUACCUUCAAAAUGACCUUCGCUGUGAUCAGAAAAGUUUUGGCAGGGUGGGAUUAUUAUAGCAGGUCCUCUCAAGGUAGGUCAAAUACUUUAAUCAUUUCUCAGCAGUUACAACCUCCAUUUGCACCACCCAGUGGUAUGUCUGUCUUUCCUUCUGCCAUUGCAAACAUUAGCAACAACGAAUGGGAAGAAAAUACCAAACAGCGGGAGGGGAAAAAAGUAUCAGAGGGUAUUUUGCAAAUGGGUCUUCAGUUUUUAUGGGGAGUGAAAGGAAGGGAGACAGAUUCCUAGUGAUGUGUCUUCUUAUGGAGAGAUACGGCACUGCAUAGGUUCCAUGGAUGAGCAAAUACUUUGGUUGCAGAAAGCUCCCAAUUCAAUUCCUGACAUUUUCUGGUAGGGCUAGAAAAAGUCCUGGCUGGACAACUGUCAUACUUUUCUUUGUCUCGGUAAUUUUGUUUCUGGUAGAGGUUUGGAGUGAAGUAGAUGUUUCAGGUUUUCCAGCUUUUUCCUUGCAUUUUCUUUUCUGUAAAGAACUUCACUGUUCAACAUCUCCUGUUGGUUCAGAAAAUACAUAAA